AAUCUUGCCCCUGUUUUUCAUUGCCCGCCCUCUCCCCCUUUCGCUAUCUCGCCGGUAAAAUGCCUGCGCUGAGCUGGAGACACCACACCCUCAUCCAAUCUCUGCUGUCUCGCGGCCCUCUCCCGGAAGCGGAUUUCAAAUCCAUCUUCUAUACCGUCACUGAAAAGUCUCCAGGUACACAUAAUCAGCUAUUUAAUGAUUUUCUAAGGAAGAUAAAUGCAGAACUGGCAUAUGUCCAAUUUGAACUGAGGGCUUGUAGGAAUCAGUAUGAUGGAAGUGUAUAUUAUGGAGUCGUCAAUAAUGUUUCUGACGAACAGUCAAAGCUGGGGACUAAAUAUUCUACUCCCCAAAUUGCUUUCUAUAAGGCCAUGGUUGAAGCUAUUGUCCAGGAUGGGGCUGAAGGCUGCAUAUCCAAAAUUCAGGCUAUAAAUAUACGCUUGGAAAACCAGGACCUGGCAUCGGGGAAGAUGAUUGGCAGUGCUAAGGAGGAUGGACUCUAUAUCUUUGAUGGAGAAACUCAAUCAAAUAAAAGAGGUCCAAGAAAUGCUUGUUUUCAAACUGUUUCUUUUUCAAACAAUAAAGAUUUGUAUUUACUUCAUUAUAAACUAGGACACCCUAGCUUCUAUUAUUUAAAAAGGAUGUUUCCUCAAUUAUUUCUGAAUAAAGAUGCUUCUUUGUUUAAUUGUGAUAUGUGUGCACUUGCAAAACAUCACAGAAACACUUAUCUACCCCAAAGUUAUAAACUUACUAGUCCUUUUACCUUGGUACAUAGUGACAUUUGGGGUCCAUCUAGAAUACCAACUUUAAAGGGAAAGAGAUGGUUUGUAACUAUUAUUGAUGAUCAUACACGAGUCACAUGGGUAUUUUUAAUCAAAGAAAAAUCUGAAGUUGAGAAAAUAUUUAGGGAAUUUUAUGCUAUGGUCCAAACUCAAUUUCAUUUUCAUUUACCCCAGUGCCGCAAAGGCUCCCACCUACGGUGGGGUAAGGGGGGGUCGGAUGUACGCAGUCUUACCCCUGUACUAAAGCACAGAGAGACUGUUUCCGGAUGACCCAUAGUGUCCAAACUCAAUUCAAUACCAAAAUUAAAAUGGUAAGAAGUGAUAAUGGCCGUGAAUAUUUUUCUCAAACUUUGAACAAUUUUUUUACUCAAAAAGGCAUUAUCCAUCAAAGCUCUUGUGUCAAUACACCAACUCAAAAUGGAAUUGCAGAAAGGAAAAAUAGGCAUUUGCUUGAAGUGACUCGUGCAAUCAUGUUUUCAACAAACAUACCAAAAUAUUUGUGGGGAGAGGCUGUGUUACAUGCUACGUAUUUAAUUAAUCGCAUGCCAUCCAAAACUUUAGGAUUUAAAAGUCCUAUCAGUUCACUACAACACUUCUUUCCUACAAAUAGAUUGGUAAACACCUUUCCUUUAAAAUUUUUUGGUUGCACAGUGUUUAUACAAAAUCCUUAUAGAUCUGCCAGUAAGUUAGAUCCUAGAGGAAAAAAUGUGUUUUUCUAUGUGUUUCUGCCACUAAAAAAGGGUAUAAAUGUUUUGAUCCUACAACCAAAACAAUGGUUGUUACAAUGGAUACCUUCUUUGUGGAAGAACAACCUUUUUUUGAUUCUCAUCUUCAGGGGGAGAAAUUAAGUGAAGACGUUCCAAUAGUGCCACAUAUUCAUGAAAACCUUAAUUUUCUUGAUAUUAAUCUGGAUGAUCAUACGUUUAGAAAUAACAGUACAACUGAAAAUGAUCAAGAAAUGAAAAAUAAUGAAGUAAAUACAACUGAACCAAUUGAAAAGGAUCAACAGACAAGUCAGUUCUUUGACAAAGUUUAUGAGAGAAGGGUUAGAAAUCAAAGAAUAGAGGAAGUCCAAGAACCUACAACUGUCCAUGAUUCUGACUCGAUACGAGGAAGUGAAAAAGGAACGUUUCUCUGACUUCAUGAUACGUUGGAGCUUUUGGUAGAACCCAAAAAUUAAAUAAAGGAAAAAGGAAAAUUAAGAGUAACAAAUCUUCUAUCAGUAAGGUACUUAAUGAUUCAAGCUCACAGUCACAAAUGGAAGCAACACAGAUUCCAGCAGUAGUCAGGAAUUUUUCAAUGUCUCAAAAGGAAAAGACCAUUGAAGAGCUUGUGAGGGAUAACUGGCUAUGCUUAACAUCUGAUGGUAAAGUUGGACUAGGGGUGCGUUCCUUUCUUGAUCUCAGGAGUUGGUUUCGCAGCAAUGAGGUUCCUUCUUGUGAAGUUUGCAAUGAGGCUGCUGUGAAGGUGGAAUCAUGUCCUAACGUAAACUGCAAUGUCCGAAUGCACAACUACUGUCUUACAAUGAAAUUUUCUCAAAGAACGGUUGAAAAAGUUUGUCCACGUUGUCACGCAGACUGGCCUUUUACUAUUGCUAAAGUAGAAGUAAAAGAGGAAGAUCCAGUUUCUCGCUCCACCAGAAAGAAGGCAAGAACUAGCCAAGAAGUUGGUAUUCACAAUUUAGGACCUAGUUCUUCUCAGGAUACUAGGAUAUCUAAAACAAGGGUAACUCGGCAUUCUACCCGCUUGAAGAGCGACAGCUAAUAUGCGAGUAGAGAAAUGCAAUGUCAGCCCACACUAUCACUUAAAAGUUUUUUUGUUUAUAAAAUCCAGCUAUAUGUGCCUUUCUCCUUUCCAUGUCCUUGGUAGAACUAGUUGUGGGCUUUUUCACCCAGCACCUUUUGACUUGACCUGAGGAGCGGUUAAAACAUCUAGAGUUUCAAUUUCAGUAACAUCUCAUCGUGGAACCUUAUGACCUGAGUCAUUGUAAAUGGAAUACCAGUAAUUAUCUCUUGUACAGAAAACAGACUGGAGUGAAAGUGGAAUGUUUUUUUUUAUUAAAUGUGUUGUCCUUCACGCGAUCAUGUCCCUUUUUUGCUUACUCUUCUGACC